AUUGUAGGUAUAUACUAUCCUUUUCAGAGCUGCUAUCUAAUUGUGUUUCCUGACUCAGAAAAACCAUUCAAUAUCUUUUUAAUGGAUUGAGCAUAUGGUUUAUUCAGAAAUUUUGUUCCGAUUAUAAAUAAAAUCUUCAGGUGAUUGUUAUUCAGAGACAUUGUACAAAGUCAUUCAUAUUUUUCGAUAGUAUACUAAAAUUUGAUAUAUUUCGUUGGGUUCAUUUUUUCGUUAUGGAUAGUACUGUGUCCCAAGGUGGUGAAAGUAGGAACCUAGAUCGUCUCCAAGAAAAAGUUGAUGAGCAAAACAAAGUUAUCAGCGUUUUGGAACAAAUAUUAAAGAAAAAUUCUAUGACAAUAGAAGAUGGUUUAACGGACGACGAUGAAUUUGUCAAACCUAAAAAUAACUGUUCUACCCUAAAUAUUUUCGAAGAUGAAGAAGAUAUAGAGAGCGAUUAUGAUUUGUGUAUGGAAACUGAAGAUGAAUUUGUAGUAGGUGCAGCGAUAGAGGUUCCUAUCCCAUCUUAUAUUAAAAAAUUGCAAGACACAAUAAAGCAGAAAGAAAGAAAUAAAAAUGAAUGGCUUGAAUGCAGUUCAAUUCUUUUACAGAAACUCUCAAAACUCUUGUCUAAGGAAAAUGAAAAAGAUGAUGAUUUAACAAAACUUCAAUUAAAACAAGCGUUAGAAGAUUUCGAAGCAGAGAAGAGAGAAACGGACAUUGCUCGGAAACGUGAAGUUACACUAAAACAGGAAUUAUCAGAAUUACACAAAAAACUAUGUAAAAUAGACGCAUCCCAAUUAAGAUUAUCAGAAACGGAAAAAUUAAAGUGGCUUGCAGAUAGAAAGUAUCUAAUUCUUGAUGAAAAUUUUAAGAAAUCGGAAAAAAUUGAUAAAUCAUAUGAUACAGUAGACUAA